GCCGCGGAUUGGCUGUUAGGGUGACGACGCUGGGCGGCCCAGCAGUGACGAGCACGUCACGCUGAGGCUGGAGGAGGCGGAGCUUCUGCUUGAUCCACUACGGCCAUUACAAGAACAUGCUUUUUAUCUCCAAUAUAAUGAUAUGGAAAACAAACCUGGCAGCACGGAGAGCAUGGAGGUCAUUAAUGUUGAGGCUGAAUUCUGCCACUGCUGGUUUGUCUUCUGGCCCUGGUUUUUGGGAUAGGUCUGACGGACUCUCUUGUGUUUCUGCUGAAAAGCCUCCUCACAUGCCUGUCAUGCUUAAAGAAGUGCUUCAUUACUUAGACGUCCAGCCAGCUCAGGUGGUCCUGGACAUGACAUUUGGAGGUGGUGGUCAUACCAAAGCAAUACUGAACAUGGCUCCUGAAGUCACUGUCCUGGCCUUAGACCGGGACCCCACAGCUAUUUCUCUGGCCCAGCAGCUAGCCAAAGAGCACUCUGGUCGUGUGAAACCGCUGCUCGGCCGGUUCAGUGAGCUUGAAGCCUUGCUGUCUAACAUGAACAUUAAGUCAGGCAGCAUUGAUGCUGUCCUGUUGGACGCAGGCUGUUCCUCCAUGCAGAUGGAUCAGGCAGAGAGAGGCUUCUCCCUCAGCAAGGAUGGACCCUUGGAUAUGAGAAUGGAUGGAGAGAGGUACCCUGACAUGCCCUGCGCUGCUGACGUUGUGAAUACCUUAGAUCAACAGGCUCUUGCAUCUAUCCUCACUGCAUAUGGGGAAGAAAGACACGCCAGGAAAAUAGCUUCAGCCAUUGUGGAAGCGCGCCGUGUCAACCCCAUCACCCGGACACAGCAGCUGGCCAGCGUGGUUGCAGGAGCUUUUCCUCCAGGCGUUGUCUACGCACGUAAAGACCGUCUUCAACGUCGUGCCCACAUUGCAACUAAGACGUUCCAGGCCCUGCGGAUCUUUGUGAAUGAUGAGUUGAAUGAAUUGCACACGGGGCUCUGCGUGGCCCAGUCAGCGCUGAAACCUGGAGGAAGGCUCUGCGUGAUCACAUUUCAUUCGUUGGAGGACAGACUGGUCAAACGUUUCCUGCAGGGGCAUGACUUGUCUAACUUGGAUCAAUACCACUUUAGCCAAAACAAGCAAGGUAGCAGAAAGAAAAAACUGGUGGAUGAGGACAGUGAAUGUAACAAAAGUUCUUACUGGUUUCCUGUGAAAAGAAAAGUGGUCAGUCCAGAAAAAGACGACGUGAGAGAGAAUCCUCGUGGACGAUCUGCUAAACUCCGGAUAGCUCUACGGCAGUAACUUUCAAACGAUCAUGGAAAAAAAACUUGUAUUUCAUAAUGUAAAUUUCAUUUUUUACUAUGAACACAAUACUGCACACAUAUCUGAGUUUGUUGCCUAGUGAAGCAGUGAAGUGGUUUGUCUUUGAACUGAAAUGUGUAACAGCUUUCGGACCAUUUGGUAACAGAAAAAAAGGUGACAGUAUCUGAGCUUUUGCAUCAAGUGAGAAUUAAUGCCAGGCAACAACAUGCUUCAUCUUUGUAAUCUAGUUUUUUAAGAAAAGGAAUAUAAACCAAAACCUGAUUCUUGCAAAAUUCCUUCAAAGAUAUUUCACUGUCAGUUCAUUAUGUUUUUGUAUUUAUUUGAUACAAACAUUCUUAUGUUAAGCUUCACUGUAAUUGUACAUUAUUCAGCAGACUCUUUGCAGAAGAUGUAUGUCUUUUCAUUAGAGUGCAUCACUUUGCACGUCUGCAGUGGCGCUAUUAGUGAACAGCAGCAACAGGGUUUAAGAAAAGACGACCUAAAAAUGUCCCAAGUCCAAAGCUGAUUGGUAUUCUGACAACGGAUCAGUACUUUUCAAUAGUGUUACAGUUUUAAUUUUUUUUUUAUAAACACAAGUUGGCUAUCAUAAAAGAUACAAUAAUCGUAAUAAUUAACAUCACAAACUCCAUUUUUAAAAUUAGUUAAAGUUUUUGUGACCGGUCAGAAUUUGCAAUGUUACUGUUGACACUGAAGUUAAGAAGCAGUAACCUUGUGUCAUUAAAUCAUUUCUCAUUUGACAAUUUUUAAUUGAUAACGCACAAUUUUAUCAAAACAGGAUGAAUGUUCUCUUCACUCUAAAUUUCUAAACAUGGAGGCUUCAACAUUUUAGUUUGUUGGUCUUCACAAAUCUGUCUCCUGCUACCAAUGAAAUCUUUAGUUUCAUGUGUGUGGCCCAGCAAAGAGCUGCGUUGCAAAGCUUUUUUUUAUGAGUCUGAGAUUCGUUUGUGGAAAUGGAAGUAGCUUUUGCAAACCAAGCAGUUUAUUUUGGAAAAGAUUUGGUUGAGAUAAACUACCCAAUGCCAUUUUUGUUUUUAUAGUAGAUGAUUUGGUGAUAAUGCUGCCCAAGUUGACAGAUUUUUCCUCAUCAUCCUGGUUUGAUUUCAUUCAUUAAUUAGUUUUCAUAUUUAAGUAAAAGUUCUUAACCUCUGUUCAAAUGUGUCUUUUGAUAGUAUUCUUUUUCUGAGACUGUUUUUGACUAGAGCAUCAUGUUUUAAAGUUGUUUUCGACUUCAAGACAGCAAAGAUGUCUGACUUCCAGGCUUUUUGGUGUAGGUGAGCCCAACAGUUUAUUUGUCUGAGCAAUAUGAACAAAAUUGAGGAUGUUGCCAGUUUCUAUUCUUUCUUUUCUAUUGAAAUUUUUAUUGUUUGUAAUAUCUUUAAAAGGUCCCAAGAAAAGCCAAAAAAAUGAGGUUUUACAAUGUAGGAGCAGACUUUUUCUGUUAUGUCCUUAAACUGUCAUUAUAAUAAUUGUCAAAUAAGGACUUGGUUGUUGUUUUUGUUACCUAACAGCUCAAAAUAAAAAUGUCAAAAAGCUA